AUGGUAUACAUACGUGGCGGCAAACACGGUCCAAUAAAAUGUCGUGCUCUACUAGAUACGUGCGCUUCGGCGAACUUUUUAACAGAAUCGAUCGCGAGAUAUUUGAAGGAAGAAGUGACGGCACAUUCUUCGCCAAUUAGCGCGAUCAAUGGCAUGAAUACUAAAUCAAGGGGCAUAGUACGAAUUACAAUUCAAUCUAUACAUGAUAACUUUUCUAAAGAAUUGACCUGUUUGACAAUUCCGACUAUAACAGAUUUAGUUCCGUCUGAAACCUUUCCGCGCAAUUCAGUUAAGAUACCGUCAAAUAUCAGAUUAGCAGAUCCGGAUUUUCAUUUACCACGACAUGUUGAUUUACUGAUUGGCUCGGGAGCGUCACUAUCGUUGUUCGCUAUUGGUCAGAUAGAUUUGUCUCGUGAGGGAUAUGACUUAUAUUUACAAAAAACGCGAUUAGGAUGGAUAAUCGCUGGCGGCACAUCAUCGCAAAAAACGGGAAGGGCUGUAACAUGCCAUUUAACGCGUUUGGAGGAUUUGAUACAGAAGUUUUGGGAAAUCGAAGAGAUCGGAUUAAAUAAACCGCAAACAGAAGAGGAAGUCGAAUGUGAGUCGCAUUUUAUAAGAACGGUAUCUCGCGACGUUAAUGGGCGAUAUACAGUUCGGUUGCCAUUCGGCAAUACAAAUAAACGUCUCGGAAAUUCACGUAAAAUGGCACUCAAACGCCUAUUGUCGUUAGAGCGCAAACUUGACACAGACGCAAAGUUAAAGAAUGAAUACGCGCGGGUAAUAAAUGAGUACUUAAAUCUAAAACAUAUGUCAUGGGUGACAAAUUCUGACGAAAGCGGGUAUUACAUGCCGCAUCACGCGGUGAUAAAAAAUACAAGCAAUACUACAAAGGUGCGAGUAGUGUUCGACGCCUCUGCUAAGUCUGACAACGGCGUAUCGUUAAAUGACGUGUUAAUGACGGGUCCAAGCAUACAAGAUAAAAUAAUAUCACAUUUAAUUCGUUUCCGCACGUACAAUUACGUUAUAACAGCGGAUAUAGAAAAAAUGUAUCGCCAAGUACUAGUACAUGAACAGGAUCGACACUUUCAACAGAUUCUAUGGCGUAGAGAUGGCAAGAUAGAAACAUUGCAAUUGAAUACAUUAGCUUUCGGUGUAUCAUCCUCGCCAUUUUUGGCAAUCCGUACCAUACAAAAACUUGCAGAGGACGAAUAUCAAUCAUUUCCUAAGGCGGCCGGAGUUUUAAAAUCACACUUAUAUGUAGACGAUUUAUUAACCGGUUCCGAAACGAUCAAGGAAGCCCGAAUAUUACGAGACGAUAUCAUCGCGUUGUUAGCACGAGGCGGUUUUACGAUAAGACAAUGGGCAUCGAAUGAUGAACGCAUAAUCCAUGACUUAGAGUCUACCGCGUUGCACGAGAGUUUCACUAUCCGUAUUGAUCGUGAUCUAAAAACACUAGGCAUCACGUGGAGCGCGAAAAACGAUAAAUUAUAUUACGCAACAAGAUCAAUCGAGAUCACGGAAAGGGUGACGAAGAGAAAGAUAUUAUCAGAAAUCGCAAAAUUUUACGAUCCGUUGGGUUUAGUAGGACCAGUUAUCUUGUAUAUCAAAAAAUUAAUGCAAGACGUGUGGCGUAGCGGUGUACAUUGGGAUGAAUCCAUUCCGCAAAGUAUUUAUACCGAAUGGUCUAAUUUCGCUAGACAAUGGGAAUCUAUAAAUAAGAUUUCGGUUGACCGUAAGUUAUUAAUUGAAGGGUAUCACGAUGUGCAAUUGCAUGGUUUUUGUGACGCCAGUAGUACCGGCUACGGGGCAUGCAUAUACAUACGUUCAUCUAAUAAUCAGAAAACCGUGGCGAAAUUGCUAUGCGCGAAAUCGCGAGUUGCACCCUUGAAAACCGUCACGAUUCCACGACUCGAGCUGUGCGGUGCAUUAACAUUAGCACAGUUAUUUCGGGAAGUAAAAGGCACAUUGAACAUCAAUUUCAAUAAGAUUAUCUUUUGGUGCGAUUCUACCAUCGUGCUUCACUGGUUGAAUACAGCCCCCCAUUUGUUAAAAACUUACGUGUCUAACCGCGUCGCGAGCAUUCGACAAUUUACUGAGUCACACGAAUGGCGACACGUUCGAACAGAGGAAAAUCCUGCCGACGCUAUUUCGAGGGGUCAAUUGCCACACGAUUUUUUGCGAAAUCAAACAUGGUUUACGGGACCAUCGUGGUUGAGCAAGGAUGAAGAUGAAUGGCCCAACGAAAUUAUUCGGAUACCCGAAAUACCCGAAUUAAAAAAGAAUGCUUGCUUAAUUUCCGAACAUACUAAGUUUGAUAUCCUCGAUAGAUAUUCUUCUUAUUCCAAAUUAAUCAGAAUCGUUUCAUAUUGUCUCCGGGUCCGUCAUCCAAAUAAACACACAGGGGUCUUACAAGCGGAAGAGAUUAAUAAGGCAGAAAUACGCGUGCUAAAAAUAUUACAAGCUGAUCAAUUUUCUGAUGAAAUUAAAGGAUUAAAUGGAGCUUCGACUAACAAGAGUAAAUUCGCCAAUUUAAAUCCGUUUAUUGAUGAAUACGGUUUAAUUCGCGUGGGAGGACGUUUGCAAAAAUCAGACCUCACGUUCGCGCAAAAACACCCAAUUCUGCUUCCCAGUCGACACAGCUUGACCGAUCGCAUCAUACGCGAAAUCCAUGAGAAGCAUUACCAUACAGGCAUACAAACCACGCUUUACAUUCUUCGGCAAAGAUUUUGGUUACCGGACGGCCGUAACCAAGUACGGAAAAUUGUCCGUACAUGCACGCGUUGCAUUCGAUUUAACCACAAUAACAGCGAUUAUAAAAUGGGCAAUCUUCCGAUAGCCCGCGUACGCGUAAGCACGCCCUUUCAAAACACAGGCAUUGAUUUCUGCGGCCCAUUUUAUAUUAAAGAAAAAAAAUACCGCAAUAAAACACGUGUCAAGGUCUAUGUAUGCGUAUUUGUGUGCAUGACGAUUAAGGCGAUACAUCUUGAAGUAGUGAGUGACUUAACUUCCGAUGGAUUCUUAGCCGCAUUACGCCGAUUCGCUGCGAGGCGAGGUUUACCGGAACACGUAUACUCGGAUAAUGGUACGAAUUUUGUUGGCGCGAACAAUCAGUUGAAGGACCUAUAUGCCGUAUUUAAUUCGAACGAGCACAAAAAAUUAAUACAACAAUAUGCGAGUGAUCGCCGUAUCACCUGGCAUUUUAUACCGCCAGCAGCACCCCACUUCGGCGGGCUAUGGGAGUCUACCGUAAAGAGUUUCAAACACCAUUUCAAACGAGUAAUUGGUGAUUCCUUGUUUACAUUCGAGGAAUUAAAUACGUUCGUUGUAGAAGUCGAGGGUAUUCUAAAUUCGAGACCAAUUACAUCUAUUUCGUCCGAUCCGAACGACUUAUUAGUACUGUCCCCCGCUCAUUAUUUAAUCGGCAAACCAUUAACCAUGUUGCCCGAAAACGAUUAUACGAGCAUUUCAGAUAACCGUUUGUCCACUUGGCAACAUAUUGCUAAGGUGAGACAAGACUUCUGGAAGAGGUGGAGUCUCGAGUAUUUAAACGAGUUACAAGUCCGUCGCAAAUGGAUCAAAGAGGGACAGCGUUUCGAGAUUGGAGCCGUCGUACUUAUUAAGGACAAAACAGCUCCGUGCGCACAAUGGAACUUGGGAAGAAUUACCAGAUUACAUCCUGGCGACGACGGGAUAUCACGAGCCGCUACUAUUAAAACUGUGAGCGGUGAGAUAAAGCGAUCAACGGCGUUACUAUACAUGUUGCCAAUUGAGCCUUGA